AUGCCCGGUUUGCCAAAAUAGAGACCCAAGCCCUCCUCUUCUUCUUCUUCUUCUUUGUCUUCUUCAUCAGCAUUUUUCUUCCUUUUCUUCUCUGUUGAUUUCUUCCUUCUUUUUUUGUUUGUUUGUUACUUUCUUCUGAUUCGGAUUCGGGAAAACGAGAGAAAAAUGGCAUCGUCGAGAGCCAAAUCUCACGGUUAUGGAUUCCAGAGAUCGAUCUCUCCGGGAGGGAGGUUCGUCUCUUCCGCCACUCGCUCGCAGUCCUCUUCCUCCUUCUGCUCCACUUCCGCUGCCUUCUCUUCCCCGCCCGCCGGAUUCUUCACCAGAUCCGCCUCUCCGACCAGGGUUAACGUCGUUGCGUCCGCGCCGUCCGUCAGGUUUUCCCUCGAUAGAGCGAGAUCCCCGAGCCGAUCACUCUCCCGGUUGCCCGUCUCGUCUCAGCGCAGCGGAGUCGUGAAAAAGCAGAAUAACCUGUCGUCGCCGGCGCCCAGGAAGACGUGCAUGUGCUCGCCGACGAAUCACCCCGGGUCCUUCCGGUGUAGCCUCCACAAGAACACGGGCUCUCCGUCGAACCGGCUCGACGCCAGGAGGUCGUCCAUGACGAACUCGCUCGUCCGGAUCGGUACCGUGGAGGGCGAGUGGGUGAGGAGGGCUCUCAUCACCCUGAUCCGCCCGUCGUCGCACCAGCAGCGGCGGAGGGCCGCCUUCCGGCCUCGUCCCAGCCGCCUCUCGAACAUGUCCAAAGCCGGAGAGUGAGCGUCGAAGCAAGAAAACAUGGAAAAAAGAAAAAUCAAGGUGUGUGAGUCUGUAUAUGCAUAAUUUUGUCCUCUUAACCAGAACGUCUCUCGUUCAGCCUCUCCGGCGCCGGAGUUUUACAGAACCGGCCAGUCUUCGGCAGAUCUUCACCGUAAAACUCAUGAGAGCACUCAAAAAAACAAAUCAGCCUUUCUGCUAUCAGAUUUUGUACGGCUGAUAGAGCAAGACACUGUGGAUGCAAAAGGAGUGAGUGAAAUCUAGAGAGAUGAGGGACGCGCGCGUCCUUUGUACAUAAUCAAUAUGUUAAUAUACUUUGAACUCUGUUUCUGCUUUGAUUUCAGAACAGCCGAGGACUCAUUAAUCAACUUAUAAUCAAAAUAAACUAAGCAUAUUAAUUAACAUUGAACGGACCUGUCACCAUUGGCAACAGAGAACCGCAGCACAGAAAGCCAGAAAAAACUGCCAAAACCACAUAAAAGGCGGCUCAUUUCCGACCGGUGCGCCGGAAUCCGCCGUUCCGCUCACCGUUUCCGUUGCGUUUAACCCGUGAAGUCAUCGGAAAUGCUCCCCGUCCGUCGUCCCGUGCAAUCAUUCUUCUUCCUGAAGUAUUCGAGUUGCUUAUGCAGGGGGCUCUGUUUCUGGGGGCGCCCGCGGCUGGUGGAGCCAACUGCCAAGAGAAGAAAAAAAAAUAUCAAAGACGAAAAUAUUUUCUGAAUUGAUGGAGGUUGGUCCCGGAACAAUGACAAUUUAAUAAGAGAAUCGAAACGAUAAAGAUUGUAAAUGCUAAAAUAAACGCUGGCGUGAAAGGAUAGACACAAAAGAUAGAGCGGGACCUGAGAAGGCGUACUCUGUAAGAUUUAAAAAAUAGAAGUUGAAAUUUUAUUCCU